CUAUUCCUCUCACUGACACCAAUGAUGGGGCACUACGCCUCCCACUGACACCAAUGAUGGGGCACGAUUCUUCCCCACUGACACCAAUGAUGGGGCACAAUUCGUUGCUCUGACACCAAUUGAUGGGGCAUGAUUCCUCGCUCUGACACCAAUGAUGGUGCCCCAUCAUUAGUGUCACGAGGAAUCGUGCCCCAUCAUUGGUGUCAGAGCAACGAAUUGUGCCCCAUCAUUGGUGUCAGUGGGAAGAAUCGUGCCCCAUCAUUGGUGUCAGUGGGAGGCGUAGUGCCCCAUCAUUGGUGUCAGUGAGAGGAAUAGCGCCCCAUCAUUGGUGUCAGUGGGAGGAAUAGCGCCCCAUCAUUGGUGUCAGUGGGAGGAAUAGUGCCCCAUCAUUGGUGUCAGUGGGAGGAAU